AAUCAAUGUCAGUCAGUUGUUUUAGUUUCAUGAGAGGAGAGGGUGUGAUUUUUGUGAAUUGGAAAUUGUAACUACGAAAUACUAAUAUAUAAUUGCAGAUACGACGGUCGAUCUGUAUGAAUAAUUGAUGAUGGCUAAUUGGUAAAAUCAACCCCACCAUGCAAAAACUCUAGUCUGGGUACACUUUCCUUUGGAAAUCUAUGGAAAAGUGAUAUAUAUAUAAACAUGUCUCACCUUGAAAAACUAAAACUACUAAUUUGGAAAAACUUUCUCCUUCAAAGACGGCACAAAUGGCAGACUUUGUUUGAAAUUGCAUCUCCUGUUAUAUUUUCAUUGUUUCUAAUAUUAGUGAGGUUCCUUGUUAAUCCAAUAUCAAAACCAGAUAGAUCUUAUGAAUCUUUUAUGCCUACAUAUGUCAAUAUGAGUGCCAAUUUUGAUAACAUGAAAGAUUUACUGGGUUCUGAUAACCAAGGUAAUCUUGCAUUUUCCCCUGAGAAUAAUCUCACAAGGCAAGUUACUAAAGAAGCUAUGUCAGAUGUAGCUAAAGACAAUCUUGGUAUGCUUGCUUUUUUGUUCAACACCCAGAUGAUUCCAGAGCCAGAAGGAUUUGAAAAUGCCUUAGCAAUGGAAAAAGCUCUCACUCAACCUUUAGCUAUGAACAAAUACCUUGCUGGAAUUCAGUAUGAUGACAGAAUGAUAAAUGCAACUGAAUGGCCAGAUGAUAUUGUAGUAACUUUAAGGUUUCCUGCAGUUAUGAGAACUCCUAUGCUUGAGCAUCCUCUAAGAGCUAGUUGGAGAACAAACCUCUUAUUUCCAUUGUUCCCUAGACCAGGGCCAAGGGAACCUGAUAACAUGUAUGGUGGAAAAACACCGGGGUAUUCUCCCGAGAUGUUUCUCGCAGUUCAACAUGCAGUUUCUAGAGAAAUAAUAAAGAUCAAGACAGGCAAAGACUUUGAUACAACAGUUCUUUUACAAAGAUAUCCUCAACUAGCCUACAGAGAUGACCAACUACUUGUAGCCCUAGAGAGAUUCAUCUCAAUGAUAAUUAUGCUCUGCUUUGCUUAUACUUUUGUUAAUACAGUGAGAGUGAUCACUGCUGAAAAGGAAUUACAAUUGAAGGAAACUAUGACAAUUAUGGGUUUACCGUCCUGGCUCCAUUGGCUAGCAUGGUUCAUCAAACAAUUUUCAUUUUUACUCAUAUCUGUCAUCUGUAUGGUCAUAUUGUUCAAGGUGCCGUUAAAGUGGACUUCUACUGGAGAAUCGUAUUCCUUGUUAACAUUUACGCCAUGCUCAGUUUUGUUUUUCUUUUUAGUACUGUUCGUAAUGGCUUCAUUGGCCUUUAGUUUCAUGGUCAGUGUCUUCUUUACACGUGCAAACACUGCAGCAUCUUUUAUGGGUCUUGCGUGGUUUUCCACCUACUCUGUAUUCAUGCUGACACAAGUUCUCUAUGAGGACAUCAGUUUAACCACUAAAAUGGUUCUUAGCUUAGUAUCCAAUGCUGCUAUGGGAUAUGCUUUUCAGAUGUUGAUUAUGUGCGAGGGAACUUCUAGAGGUCUACAAUGGACUGAUUUCUUCAAGCCUGUAUCGUACCACGACAACUACCAACCUGGCCACGUGGCGCUGAUGCUGGUCCUAGACUCCAUACUGUAUAUGCUAAUUGCCAUGUAUGUGGAAAAGGUUAGGCCGGGGCUGUACGGUGUGCCUUUGCCUUGGUACUUCCCCGUUACUAAGAGUUUUUGGAUGCCGAAUAAAAACAAAGUUGCCGCGUUGACGAAAGAUAGCGGUGCUGAUGUGGAGUACCAGGACGCUCUUCUCAAGGUCGUCCAUGACGAAGAACCGAAGGGCGUGCCCAUGGGCGUCAAUAUAAAGAAUCUCACUAAAGUAUACUCAGGAGAUAAAAAGGCUGUAGAUAAUCUCAAUCUUAGAAUGUACGAAAAUGAAAUAACAGUAUUAUUAGGUCAUAAUGGGGCUGGGAAAACUACAACAAUAUCUAUGCUUACAGGCAUGGUGCCACCGACUUCUGGCACCGCUGUUAUAAACGGCUACGACAUUGUGACAGAGACCCAUCUCGCCCGCGAGUCCCUCGGCAUAUGUCCGCAACAUAACGUUCUCUUUCCUGAUCUAACCGUAGCCGAACAUAUUAUAUUCUAUUCAAGACUGAAAGGAGUUCCUAAAUCAAGAAUCAAACAAGAAGUAGACCAUUUUGUUAAGUUAUUGGAAUUAGAAGAGAAGAGAAACGUCCUGUCAAAGAGAUUGUCAGGCGGGCAGAAGCGGCGGUUGUCGGUGGGUGCUGCUAUGUGCGGCUCGUCCCGUGUGGUCUUAUUGGACGAGCCCACUUCUGGGCUCGACCCUGCCGCGCGACGGGCCUUGUGGGACCUACUGCUCAAAGAGAAGAAAGGUCGAACAAUGAUACUGACAACUCACUUUAUGGACGAGGCGGACGUGUUAGGCGACCGAAUAGCUAUAAUGUCCGGCGGAAAGCUGCAAUGUAUAGGCACAUCAUACUUUCUGAAGAAACACUACGGGAUCGGCUACAAGCUCACUAUAGUAAAGGCCGAGAAUUGCAAAGUGGAAGAAGUGACUCAGUUCUUCAAGUCGUAUGUACCUGAUGUAAAAGAAAACACGAAUAUAGGAUCUGAAUUGACAUAUAUCCUGCCAAAUGAGGCAGUGAGCGUAUUUCCCACUAUGCUAAAAGAUUUUGAACAGAAAAGAGAAAACCUGCAAGUUUCCAGUUAUGGACUAUCGGUCACCAGUCUUGAAGAAGUUUUUAUGAAAGCUGGUGCUGAAGAUAUGGUGGAAAUUUCACCUUAUAAAAAUAAUGAUACAAAUAGUAAAACCGUAAUAGUGCCAUUUGACAAUGUUACUGAUAGUGUAGUGAACAACGAUCCUAUAGAAAAAGUGAGGGGAUUCAAACUACUGAAGAAUCAUAUUAAAGCAAUGUUUUUGAAGCUCGCGUACAACUCUAUGAGGAACAAGUUAACGGCAUUAAUACAAUUCAUAACACCUAUUAUAAACAUUACUCUAUCUGUGAUAAUUUCAAGAUCUUGGAAAUUUAUGUCGCAGCUACCUCCAUUAGAACUUAGUUUAGAAAGCGGGUUUUCAUCUACAGAAACACUUAUAUCCAACACUAAUAUCAGUAAGAACAGUUUAGAAUUUAAGGCGAUGAAUGCCUAUAAGAAAUAUUUUGACGAUUCUCUGGAUCCAGAUAUGAAACUUACUGACGUUGGAACUAUGGAUAUUGCCAACUUUUAUAUAAAAUUGGCUAAAGAAGAUUUCACAAGAGUUAGAUAUGAAACUCUGAUUGGUGCUACAUUUUCUGACAACGAAAUAAUCGGCUGGUUCAGUAACUAUGGUUAUCACGACUCUGCUAUCUCGCUCGCUUACGUAAAUGAUGCCAUACUUCGUGCUCAUUCACCAGAAAGCACCUUAACGAUCGUGAAUCACCCAUUGCCGUACUCUAUAGACAACUUGGUUAAAGUAAUGGCUACUGGGAGCAGUAUGGGAUUUCAAUUUGCGUUCAACAUUGGUUUCUGUAUGGCUUUCGUCACGGCCUUUCUCGUCCUAUUUGUGAUAAAGGAGCGCAUAAGCGGUGCGAAGCUUCUUCAAAGGAUAUCUGGCGUUCGGCCGGCUGUGAUGUGGGGCUCGGCGCUCGUGUGGGACUGGACAUGGCUAUUUCUCGUACACCUGUGCAUAGUCACCUGCCUCGCAUGCUUCCAAGAAACCACGCUGUCCUCGCCUACCGAACUAGGUAGGGUGCUGCUAGUGUUGAGUAUAUUUUCCUUUGCUACAAUACCGGCGCACUACUUGGCUUCGUUCUAUUUCGAAGCUGCCGCCACUGGGUUCUCCAAAAUGUGCUUUAUGAACAUAUUUACUGGCUGCAUGCCAUUUCUGAUAACGGAAGUGCUGAGAAUACCGGAAUUGGGCAGUCCAUUUUUUGCGGGUAUUUUCGACUGGAUCUUCAUGCCUUUGCCCAUUUAUUGCUUGAGUAGAAGUUUUAGGGACACGAGCGUUUCAUCGUUCUCCAUAAAGGCGUGCGAUGGACUGUGUAACCAGUUUAUAAAUAUAAAAAAUUGCUCGCGCGACACAUUGUGCACCAGGCUCAACAUCACCGUCUGUUGUAUCGAUGACAACCCAUUUCUGGAAUUCAGUGAACCUGGGAUUGGACGGUACUUGAUAAUGAUGAUGUUGGUCGGCCUGCUGACUUUCAUAUUGUUACUUGCCAAGGAGUAUGAGGUGUUCAAGAAGGGGUCUAACAAAAUAGCGCAAGAGCCGCUCCCGCCGUUGCCCGAAGAAGAGGACAGUGACGUGAGCGCGGAGCGUCAAGCGGUGUACGCGCUCAAAGCCAACGAAUUUUCGCAGCACAGUCUUGUCUGCAAGGACCUCACUAAAUACUACAAGAAGUUUCUAGCCGUCAACCGGGUUACUUUCAUGGUGAACAAAAGCGAGUGUUUCGGGCUCCUGGGCGCCAACGGCGCGGGGAAAACAAGCACGUUCCGGAUGCUGACGGGCGACACCGCCGUCUCCGCGGGCGACGCGUACGUGCACGGCCUCUCCAUCAAGAAUGACUUGCGGAACGUGCACUCUUACAUAGGUUAUUGCCCCCAAUUCGAUGCACUGCUCGAUAACUUGACGGCCCGGGAGACUCUCAAGAUAUUCUGUCUACUGCGCGGGAUCCCUUCGAAAGUUGGCAAGGCCAGAGCUAUGCAACUCGCCAACACACUUGGCUUCAUUCGCCAUUAUGAUAAAAGGGUAAACCAAUGUAGCGGUGGUACAAAGAGGAAAGUGAGCACAGCUGUGGCAUUUCUUGGUGACGCGCCAUUGGUUUUUCUGGACGAACCAACAACGGGUAUGGACCCAGCGUCGAAGCGGCUGGUGUGGUCGGCGGUGAGCGCGGCGGCGGCGGGCGGGCGCAGCGUGGUGCUGACGUCACACAGCAUGGAGGAGUGCGAGGCGCUGUGCUCGCGGCUCACGGUGCUCACCCACGGCCGGCUGCAGUGCCUCGGCCCGUUGCAGCAUCUCAAGAACAAGUUCUCCCAAGGGUAUACACUAAUUGUGAAAUGCAAAUCGGGACCAAACAGAGAUGCCGACAUAGAAAAAAUAAAAGAAUUCCUUACCGAUAGCUUCAAAGACAUCAAACUAAUAGAAACGUACCUAGGCAUCAGUACUUAUUCCCUAAAGGACCCAGACUUGCCGUGGUGGCGCAUAUUCCACGUGAUGGAGGAGGCGCGCAAGGAAUUUCCUAUUGAAGACUAUGCCGUGUCCGAGACCACACUGGAACAAGUGUUCCUCAGAUUCACCAGGAUGGCUGCAGCUGAUGUGUAACUCGCAACUGUAUACAUGUCGGAGUAUUGUUAUCGAUUAAUGCCCUAUGGGCAUGUGAGCAAGCCAGCGACAGAUUUACAAUUAAAUAAUAAUAGUAUUUCUAUUUAUGUCAGUACAAAAUACUUGCCAUGUAAUGGGAACACCGAUCAGAGUAGUUUUCGAGACAUUCGAAUAGACACGUUUGACGAAUUGUACUUAAAAGUUUAUAAGUAUGCGUUGUAUUUUUUUCCUUUUGCUAAUUGUUGAUAAGCUUUACUCAUUAAUGAUGAAAUCUGACCAUUAUGCUCUUGAAAUUAUUGAUUUCUGACGCACUGGUGAGAUGUGGUUAAUAUUGAUUUUCAAUAUAGGUAAUCUAAAACUAUAAAAAAGCCUUUUAGUUAAAAAAAGGCUAAAAUUAAAUUAUUUGUAAUCCCUACAAGUUACUUGCCAUAUUAGUUUAGAAAUCCCUGAAAAGUAAAUUGUCAUAAUUUUUGUGGUCUUUGGAUGUAAAAAUAACUAAGCAAAUAAAAAUUCAAAGACUUCAUUAUUUAUUUUUGAUAAUCACUAUUUUCAUAAUUACAAAUAUAUCUUUACCACUAAUUUAUAUAUUACUGAGUGAUGAAGACAAGAAAAUUAAUCAAUUUCUUAAUUUCGAAAUUAAUCAAGAUUUGGUAUGUUGAUUUUUAUUAUGAGUAUAAAAUAUGUGAAUUUAUGAUCUGAAUUGUUUUUCUGCGAUCUCUAUUAUUACAGGCUCAUUAGGGUAUUUAUUAUCAAUAUUUUCUCCGUUUACUGGAUUGUUUCCAGAAUAUGUCAUUGUAAACUUACGUCAUCGUAUCUCUACGUAACAUAAUGUAUACGUACAACCUAUACUUAAUUAUACAGUUAUUGCAAUAAAAAUGUUAUCAAUCGUUAUAAAUGUAUUGUGUAAUAGUAAAUUUAUAACUUACAUGUGGGUAUUGAAAUGUUGCUUUUGUGACGCUAUCGACUGUGAUUGUAUAUUGCCAUAAGCACAAAUUUUCUAAAUAGAUAAAUAUUUUGUUACUUAUUCUUGUAAUGCUCAGGCUAUACUACUUGCUUGAUGCAUGAUUCUAGGCCAUUGGGAAGGGAAGUACCUACACCUAUCCACAUAAGUGUUGAUUGUGACAGAAAUAUAGGUUGCUUCUACUUGGUGUACCUGGGUGAUAUCACCCAGGUACAUAAAUUGGGAUAAACCGAUAUAUGACGAUACGUUAUGUAAAUGACAAUUAACUUUAGACACUUUAAAAAUAGUACGGUCUUCUAAUGGACUUCCCCUUAUGUGGCCAGGGUAUAUGAAUAGGUAACAAGCAUUUAGGUAUAUUACCAACGCUAUUCAAUCUCAUAUAUUGAAGUAUCGUCAAUUUUGUGUAUUCAUCGUGUAUUAUAAAUAUUUACAAAUCAAUGGUAUUUACAUUUGGUAUAGUUGUAAUAAAUGGUUUUAUGAACAGUCUGCUAACAUCCAGUGAUAUGAAUUGUGAUUUUUUUGUACUAAGUACUUAAUUGGUUUAUUUUGUGUGUGUUUCUGGACUUGUAUUAUAUUUUAACUAUUAACAUAUAUUAUAUUUAUGGAAAUAAAACAAGAAUUUUAUUUUUCGUGUAUGUAAUAUAAAAAGGACAAAAUAUGUAUUUGUUUAAUGAUAAACAUAAGUGGCAUUAAUACGUACCAAAGUUCUAGAAAUAUUAAAUAGUCGCCCUACUACAUUCAUAGAGGGGCAUGCGACGGGAAGGAUGGGAUAGUUUCAUGCAAUAUUCAAACACUAAAAUUAAAGAAA